GGAACGUAGCCUACAAAUUAUAUACACUACUCAUAAAUACACACUACUGUUCAUUGUAUCGCUCUUCUACUGAUCUCAAAUCUCAAAUAAAUCUUCCCCAAAUUUAGAACAAACAAACAAACAAACUUCAAGAUGCGUGUAGUCCAUCACUGAUUGUUGGUAACUUAAACGCAGAGCUUAAAACCAACAGAUGGGUUCAAAUGCAGUUGAUGAUUUGAUAGAAGCGUCAUCAGGAGUUCAUUAUUCUGGAUUCCAUAUGGAGCAGCCACGUACUCAAGAAAUUGAGCAACCAACAACCUCUAUAGAUGAUAGUUUUCAUAAGCAACCAUUCAUCAUUGGCGUUGCUGGAGGUGCUGCAUCUGGAAAGACAACAGUUUGUGAUUUAAUUAUUGAGCAGCUUCGUGAUCAGCGAGUCGUACUAGUUAACCAGGAUUCUUUUUAUCUUACUUUGACUCCUGAAGAACUGACAAAAGUUCAUGAGUACAACUUUGACCAUCCUGAUGCAUUUGACACCGAAAAAUUGUUGCGCGUGGUGGAGAAAUUGAAGCAUGGGCAAGCAGUAGAUAUUCCAAAAUAUGAUUUUAAGAGUUACAAAAAUGACGUGUUCCCUCUUCGAAGGGUCAAUCCUUCAGAUGUUAUAAUCUUGGAGGGCAUACUCAUCUUUCAUGAUCCACGUGUCCGAGAUCUGAUGAAUAUGAAGAUAUUUGUUGAUACAGAUGCUGAUGUACGUCUCGCAAGGAGAAUUAGACGUGACACAGCUGAAAAGGGAAGAGAUAUUGGUAUGGUGCUUGAUCAGUACUCUAAGUUUGUGAAAGCUGCUUUUGAUGACUUCAUUCUUCCUACAAAGAAGUAUGCUGACGUUAUCAUUCCCCGAGGUGGAGAUAAUCAUGUUGCUAUCGAUUUGAUUGUGCAACAUAUUCGGACAAAACUUGGUCAACAUGAUCUCUGUAAAAUAUAUCCUAACUUAUAUGUCAUUCAAUCAACUUUCCAGAUACGUGGCAUGCAUACACUUAUACGGGAUGCUCAUACGACUAAACACGACUUUGUAUUUUAUGCUGAUAGAUUGAUUCGAUUGGUUGUUGAACAUGGUUUAGGACAUCUUCCAUUUACCGAAAAGCAGGUGUUGACUCCGACUGGAUCUGUUUACAGCGGCGUUGAUUUUUGUAAGAGGUUAUGUGGUGUUUCAGUAAUUAGAAGUGGAGAGAGCAUGGAGAAUGCCUUGCGAGCAUGUUGUAAAGGUAUCAAGAUUGGCAAAAUCCUGAUCCAUCGAGAGGGUGACAAUGGUCAGCAGCUGAUCUAUGAGAAACUACCACUAGAUAUUGCAGAAAGGCAUGUCCUGCUGUUGGAUCCCAUCCUCGGCACAGGGAAUUCAGCUGUUCAAGCUAUUUCGUUACUGCUGAAGAAGGGUGUCCCAGAGUCUAACAUUUUAUUCCUCAAUCUCAUUUCUGCACCUCAAGGAGUACAUGUGGUGUGUAAGAGAUUUCCAAGAAUUAAGAUUGUGACAUCUGAGAUAGAAAUUGGUCUGAAUGACGAUUAUCGUGUUAUUCCUGGGAUGGGUGAGUUUGGUGAUCGAUAUUUUGGCACAGACGAAGACUGAACGAAGAGUUGUGGCCCCUCCAUACCCCGCAAUCACAUAUGAGAGAUGUAACGUUUGAUUAUAAUUCAAUUUUUUUAGCGAUCUUCUAAAAGAAAAAGAGUAAGAUGAGCAUGAUGAAAACACUUAUGUAACGGAUAACUGGACAUUUUGAAGCAUUUUUGAGAGUAUACAAGCCUUAUAAACGUGAUUUCUUUUUGCACUCUA